UUAAAUGUUUUUUGUCCGCAUUCCUUUCAUAGACAGAGAUCCAGCAGACGAACUGUACAUUAGAAAAACAAUAAACUCAAUUUCAUAGAUGUAUCGAUAGAUAAGUAUACAUGUAGAAAAUAAUGAAAUGAAAUAAAAUAGGUAGUAAAUCUAAAAAACCUGUAUAAUUUAUUGCGUUAAUUUCAGUACCGUUAUGUAGUUAAAUAUAUUAUUUAUGUAAAAUUAUGUGUGCCUUUAUGGUGCUUACUUAUAUGAUUGUAUGAGCAGGUAUUCAUAUUUUUGCAUGUAUUAAUGGCAGUACGUCAAAAACAAUUGGGAUUUUGCAGACAAUGACAGAAUAAACAAAAGAAAUUCGAUUAGUGAUGCUAUUUAUUUAAACAAGUAGUUCUCAAUUUUUUUCACUGACUCUUUAAAAGGUCAUGAAAAUUCAGCAAAACAUUUUGGAAUUAUACACGAAAAAUUAUAGAACUUUAUUUAAAUAGGUAUAAAGAAAACUUUCUAAUACAAAAGAAAUGGCACUUCAUCUUCAUUUUCUUUAGUGAGUAUAUUAUUUUUGAUUAAAACAAUGACUGGGAUAUAAAUAAUUUUUUUUGUUGGUUCUUUUAAAUGAAUUGAUCGAAGUUUCAAGCAUUUCUCAAGUACUUUCGAAUCUAGGUCAAGGUAAAGAACUUUCUCGGUCACUAUGGACCGGUAUACCAUCCGCAAAUGACCUGAUCUGGUCUUUAUAAUAUAUUCCAUUUCUCUUUGAUUUAGUUCAAAAGAAAUCACUUUCUCUGAUGUAUCUUGUUUUACUUUCACUCAGAGCGCUAAAAAAAAUCAUACAGUUACAACUCUGACAGAUUUUUUUUGGUAAAACAAUGUAAAUCUGGGCAUAUAAGUUUAUUUUUAUAUCUAUUUAUAUAACAUUAUAACAUUAUUUUUUCCGAAAUUUUCCUAUAGGUAGUGGUGUAAAAAACAGCCCGAAAAUGCCACAAGUAUACGUGGAAAAAUACAACAGAUUCGUGGAUGCUGUUCUGAACAGAAUCAACAGGGUCUUGGGUAAAGGAUAUGACCCUGUCCGAGUUAAGCUACUCAGCCAAUCACAGCGCGAGAACAUGAAAAACAAAUUCGGCAAAUCAGCUAGUGAAAACACAGAAAUUCGUUCGGAUGUCAGCAAUAAAAUGGCUGAAUUGGAUAUAGCAAGGUCAGAACACAAAAAACUCCAACGUUCAAGACAAAAUUCCGAAGAAUCUGAGUUCGUUUUGAUCUCAAAAGCUGGCGGUUCCACCGAGAGUACCUCUAAUUCCAAAGGAGUCAAGGAAGUGAGAGCUACGCCAUUUGUUAGGCAGAAUAACAAGAAGAAAGGUUCAUCGAGUUCGAAUAAAAAAGGAUCAAAUAAGAAAAAGACUUCAAACAAGACUAAGCAAUCGCAAUCAAAGCAAAAAGCCAGAGCAACCCUGUUUGGACUUAGUACGUUGAAGAGGGAAGGUGACGUGACCAUCAACAUGACACCGGAUUACACAACCAUAAAAACGAAUUUUAUGCUGGGACCACUCAUUCUCAGGGUUGAAAGAGAAGUAAGUAAAGGGUAGAAUUUUUUUUAGAAUUUAGAAUG